GGUGGCUAAGCAGCCGAAAAGAGACAACAUACCAGUCAGGGUCAGCCCCGUGGAGUGCAAGGAAUUAUUUUACAUGUAUUUAGAUCAUCGUCGUUGUCGACGUCUUACCUCCGUUUUUUAGACCUUGAUCAAAAGGGUCACGCUGUAAAAGAGAGAUACCCUGAGGAGGAGCGCCUUGAGUUACAACAUCCUCCGACCGUAGGCAGCUCAAAGACUGCAUAUGGAGCUUGGUGGAGCGGAUUGAAUAAUAGAAUAACAUGGACCCCUCGUCGUGGAAUUGGGAGCUAAUUUUCCCUCCGUUGCCUCGACUCAUCGUAUUGAGGCCCGCACUCGUUAUGACCGACUCUCUCCACUCGGACCAAGAUCACCACGCCGUACGGGACAGCCCCAAAGGACUGGGCAGGUCGACCAACACCUCUCGCAGUGACAGCGUCACCUGCCCCGCCUGUCAUGUGACGGUGACCCUGAGCAAGAAUACGGAGGGACGCCGAAGACUGGUUUGUCCUUAUUGUGGAGCGACAUACAACCACCAUGAAUCGCAAAUUAGAGUUAUGCCAACUCCAACUGCAGACCCCCUCCGACACCUCAGAUUGCCAAUUGUGCAGGAUGGGUCGGGCAAUAUUGGGAGCCUCAUGGUCGGUCGCCUCGGAGGAGUCAGCGUCGGAGUACCUGAUGUCCAUGGAAUUAUGAUUCGCCCAGGGUCCACAACCUCUUGCACGUCAUUACCCCCCAUUGCAAAGGAGCACGAGAUCAGAUAUGAUAAUAAUCCGGGAGGAGGAGGAGUAGUAGGAGGAGGUGGAGGAGAAGACAGGACAAUUUUCCGAAUUGGAUCAGGGUCUAGUGAGACGGGACUUUUGAUGUCAAACUACGGAGAAGAGCAGACCAGUCGGGAAGAGUUCAUGCAAGCCGUGAGUCAAGCCACAAAGACUGGAAAUUACAGCAAUUUGAUGCGGUUUUAUUCAAGGACCUUUGAUUCGUAUGCAAAUAUAUGUGCUACUUUUAAACAAAUGACGCCACCAGAACUGACUGAUCCUUUGAACGAUCUCGCCUUUCUUGAAGAGCCCGAAUUGAACAUGGAGUUGGUGUAUUCGGUGAAUGAUGCGCUUAGAAAUUCCCCAUCAAUCGUACACAAAACGGUGCUUAAAGCAAUCGUCAACGCCUUGCUGGACGACAAACAAAAAUUAUACGCGCAAGAUAAGGUCCGAGCUUUGUUUAUAAUUCUUCAAAAUCCAAUCUUUGCUGCUCAAUCCUCAUACACGGUGCUAGCUCACGUUCUACGUCAUGUCACCUCUCUCCCCAAUCCGGACCACCAAGUCCUCGUCCACUGGUUUCGCAUGCUGGAAGUAAGCCGGCUGCGAAUGCUGGUCCGGCAGAUGACUCAAUUCGUGACGAUUCGCCAAUUUCCUCCAGCAGACCGAAGUCUACCUCCAUUGUCCAAGUCGAAGUGGUGGAUACCCGCGGCCGCCAGGGUGUUAGCCUUGAUAAACGCAGCCAACAAUGGUUGCCAGCCGGCCCUGCUCCACUACUCAGAGUUUUAUAACAGUGCACUGGACCAUGUUGACUUGAUGCAGGAAUAUUGGCGUUGGCAGAGUCCAGAAAGACCGGGACAGUUUUCUUAUUGUCAGUAUCCCUUCAUGCUCAGCAUCGUAGCCAAGCGCAUCAUCCUGACCAAGGAUGCCGAACAUCAAAUGAUAUUAGUAGCGAGAAGGUCACUCGUCGCCAAAGUGGCUCGCCAUCAAACUCCGCAAAUUGACAUAUUUUUUCUCAACAUCAACGUUCGCCGUAAUUAUUUGGUGGCCGAUUCACUAAAAGAAAUAGCGUCCAAACAAAAAGAUCUAAAGAAGAAGUUACGAGUCUCCUUUGUCGGAGAGCCUGGUUUGGACAUGGGUGGUCUCACGAAGGAGUGGUUCCUCCUCCUCAUCAGGGACAUUUUCCAGCCCGAAUAUGGGAUGUUUGUCUACUAUCCGAACUCUCGGUGCUAUUGGUUCAGUCUGGCGCAACAAGGAAGUCUCAGGGAAUACAAUCUCAUAGGUGUGUUGAUGGGACUUGCAGUAUACAAUUCAAUUAUCUUGGACCUCCACUUCCCCUCUAUUUGCUAUCGGAAGUUACUUUCUCCGCCAGUGGUUCCUCCGCUGGACUCUGCGGCCGUUGGAGUGACCAAGGAUCCAAGUAUUGAUGACCUCGCCGAGAUCAUGCCGGAUGUUGCUCACGGUCUCAGGGAGCUCUUGAAGUACGAGGGCAGCGUGGAAGAGGACAUGGGACUAAGCUUCCAGGCCUCGUUACAAGAGUAUGAUCGAAUCAUGACCUACAACCUUAAAGAGAACGGGGAGCACAUUCCAGUCACAAAUGAGAAUCGGGAAGAAUACGUCCGCCUCUAUCUCGACUGGGUGCUCAACACGGCAAUUUAUGCUCAAUUUCGAGCCUUCUAUUUGGGAUUCCACUCCGUCACGGCGUCCAAUGCAUUGAUUAUGCUGCGACCUGAGGAGGUGGAAAUGCUCGUCUGUGGCUCACCCACCCUGGACCUUCACGAGCUGAGGAAAGUCACAGAGUACGAUGAAUAUCGACCUGACGACAGAGUCAUUCAAGAUUUCUGGUCCGUCUUGAUAUCUUUGCCGUUGGAGCUGCAGAAAAAGUUUCUCCUCUUCACCACCGGCUCCGACCGGAUCCCGGUUGGUGGGAUGGGUGAGAUGAACAUGAAAAUUUCGAGGAUGAGGGACCGAGAAGAGAACCUUCCCGAGGCUCACACCUGCUUUAAUCAGUUGAUCUUGCCCGAGUACCCGAACAAAGAAGUGCUCAAGAAGAAAUUGAUCAUUGCCAUUUCAAACGCGGAGGGCUUUGGUCUCGAAUAAGAUUCAUCCCAUUAAAAUCACAUUAUCGUCGCCCAUUCUUCACAAAUUCAAUCUCCUCAUUUUGAACGGAGGAUGAAAUAUACAAGGCGGAAAAGCGGUUCAACUGAAAUACCUUUACGAUGCCCUACAACCUUUUACGACCUUUUGCACCAAAUGAUAUACGGACGGACGAGUACAUUCAUCCGGAUGGGAGAAGCGGAGAGAGAGCGGUUUUAACUCGUAGAAUUUGUGUCGCUUAUGCACAUGUACAUGUGCAACACUUCAAUUAGAAUCCACUCAACUCACGCUGAGCCACAUGACAAUCUCAAUCUGAUUUAUACAUUCGAAUUCGAACAGUCCUCUGCCUGCUCCUCGCCCAUUUUGGUGGGACGAGGAAGACUUAUGUAUAACCUAAAGCUCAUCUGCUCCUCUCCCACCCCUCAGAGCUUCCCGGCGACCGACCUGAAUCUCUCUCUACCUGACUUUCCCGUGCUCCUCUGGUAGUAAUGAUUCUGAUGGUUCACACUUAAAAACUACUCGGCCUGUAUGUACCCACCUUCGCGUGAGGAGGAUGACGAUGUGACGAUGAUGAUGAUGAUGAGAAUCAACCUGAGAAGAAAUCCAGCAAGCUUUUCUUCUGUGCACUCUCUCCUAAAACCACGACAUUAUCGGGAUGUCGGUGUUUAGAAAAGAUAACAAGAGUUGAGCUCCAGCUGACAAAUUCGACAUCCGACUCACUACUCAGCUUUCAUUCCUGACUUCCUAUAAGAACUUGCAUGAUCUCUCACCUCGCCUCGGCUCAUUGCAGGUUCUUCUUCUCCUCAUUUGUCUCAACCUGCUCCUCCUCCCCCCUCAAAAGUUCUUCUUCUAUCCUUGUCUCCAGGAAAUGCCGGUGGUUGUCUGAUCAAAAAUUUAGUUUUUCAUUUCAUCUUCAUCCUAAGAGACGCUUGUAUUUCCUCGAAGCGAGCUUAUCUUGGGAGGAAUGUAGUUGUAGGUAAGACUCGUGUACCAGAAAACUCGUGUAUCAGUAUGUAUGUACUUACCUCCUUUUAUCAUACGAUUGUCGCAACGAAAUAAUAAGAAACCUUUAAUUUUG